GGGCCCUUCUAUUAAAAAUAAAAAAUAAAAAAUAUCCCUCCUUAUCGUUGAAAACUAAACUUGUCCGACUCCCACCGAACUAGUCGUUGGUUUGUCGACAGCAUCAAACAGUCGAACGACAGUGUUUUGAUGCGUCUUCUAACCCAAACCCAAAAUGAAUUUGUCGUCGUCUCAAUCACAGAUAAAGCUUUUGGCUUGGAUUUGAUUUGAAUUGAUUGAUUGGGUGAAGCAAAGCAAAAAGAUGUUGGAGAAGAUCGGGUUGAAGGCAAAGCCAUCAUUGGGAGGGAAUACUUGGGUGGUUGACGCCUCACACAGUCAGGGAUGUACUUCUCAGUUCACCUUCGUCAAUCGCCAGCAUCAUUGCCGGAGGUGUGGGGGCUUGUUUUGCAACAGCUGCACCCAGCAAAGAAUGUUUUUUACGCGGGCAAGGCAGUUUGAAGUUGAAUCAAAGCCUGAGGAUGAAGUUCUGAACCAAAGUGAGAGAAGUGAGAAUUCUUGAAGCAUUGAACUUGACCGUCAGAUCAGAGUAAUAGACAUGUUACUGAUCAAACACCUUUUGAUUGAUAUAGCGGAAGCAUGAGGUUAACAUAUCAAAAUUUUAUACGCCCAUGAGAGGAGCUUCGGAAAUGGAAAUCCUGUACAGAUUUGCU